AAAUUAAGUUUCUCGUUCAUAGUUCCAUUUUCAUUUUUUGUUUUGGUUAGUUUUGUUUUGUUCUUACAAUUAAUACUUGUCUCUGUUCACAACUUGUGUGUCAUGUGUCUGAAUAAUGUAAGCAUUUGACUCUGCAUCUGGCUUCAGUUUCUUCUUCACCACCUGCAUCUAUGGCUGAAAAGCAUCAUCUCAUUCUCCUUCUUCUCUGCGCGACUCUGCAAUUCUCUUCACCUUCACCCUCCGAUCACUUUUACAAUGUCGGAGAACUUGUCCCAUUUUUUGUCAACAAAGUGGGACCCUUCAACAACCCCAGUGAGACCUAUGAAUACUAUGAUUUGCCAUUCUGCGCCCCAGUCCCAAUUGUCAAAAAGAGAGAGUCCCUGGGUGAAGUUCUCAAUGGUGACCGUUUGAGCAAUGCUUUGUAUGAGUUCAAGUUCAGAGAGGACAAGAUUGAUGCGACCUUGUGCCCAAAGAAGCUUACAGUUGAUGAAAUUGGCUUCUUUAAGCGCGCUAUAGACCGUGAAUUUUACUUCCAAUUUUACCUGGAUGAUCUUCCAUUCUGGGGGUUCAUUGGGAAACUAGAAGAAGAUAGGUGGACUCCUGGUGGAGGAGGACAAAACUAUUACCUUUUUACACAUGUUCAGUUUAAUGUUCUUUACAAUGGGAAUCAAAUCAUACAAGUAAAUGCAUUUGGCGAUCCAAAUCGUGCUGUAUAUAUUACUAAAGAUGUUGAUGUCGAUGUUAAGUUCACUUAUUCUGUUACCUGGAAUGCCACUAAAAUACGUUUUGAGAACAGGAUGGAUAGAUACUCAAGGGCUUCGUUGAUGUCUGUGCAUCAGCAAGUUCAUUGGUUCUCGUUCAUCAACUCAAUUGUCAUCAUUUUGCUUUUGAGUGGUUUGCUUGCCCUGCUUUAUAUGCGACAUCUGAGGAAUGAUUUGAAAAAGUACUCUGAUGCAAAUGAAGAAGAUAGAGAGGUUGGUUGGAAGUGCCUCCAUGGCGAUGUAUUCAGACCUCCUCCUAACUCAUCCUUACUUUUUGCUGUUGUUGGAACUGGUACCCAAUUGCUAAUCUUGAUUUGUGUAUUGCUGUUUCUAGCACUUAUUGGCACCCUCUAUCCCUACAAUCGUGGAGGACUGUUAAAUUGGCUUGUCAUGCUGUAUGCUCUUUUUUCUGUAUUUGCUGGCUACACUGCAGCAUCCUUCCAUGGCCAGUAUGCUGAGAAUGGAUGGGAAAGGACGGUUGGUCUUGCAGGGGUUCUUUACACUGGACCAGUGUUUGUUGCAGCCUCUAUCCUCAACAUAGUUGCAAUCUCUUACAGGGCUACAGUUGGACUCCCAUUUGGCUCCAUUAUUGUUAUUCUUGUUUUAUUAACAUUUCUAGCAGUCCCAUUGCUUGCAUUUGGUGGAGUGAUCGGAUACCGAUUUAGAUCUAAAUUUCAAAGCCCCUCUGCUGCAAAGAGACACCCAAGAGAGAUUCAACAGCUUGCUUGGUACAGGAGAACGCCAUUUCUAAUGUUUAUUGGGGGUCUUGUGCCUUUUAGUGCAAUUGUUCUGCAACUACACCAAGUGUAUGCUAGUAUGUGGGGCUACAAAAUAUACACUCUUCCUAGCAUUUUGUUCGUCACCUUCAUUCCUGUCAUUGUGAUCAUUGCACUUGUCAGUAUUGGCUUGACAUACAUUCAACUAUCUGUGGAAGACCAUGAAUGGUGGUGGAGGUCAGUGCUGUGUGGUGGCUCAACAGCCAUUUUCAUGUUUGGGUAUUCUAUCUACUUCUAUGUGAGAUCAAAUAUGAGUGGAUUCUUGCAGCUAUCCUUCUUUAUUGGCUAUAAUGCAUGCCUAUGCUAUGCUUUCUUCCUAAUAUUUGGUGCAAUCAGUUUCAGAGUUUCAUUUCUCUUUGUUCGCUUUAUAUACCACAAUGUUAAAAGAGAGUAAGUCACCAAUAUCAGAAGCACAAAACCAAGUUGAUUUUAAGGUAUGAUUUAAGGGUAUCCCUAACUUGAAUUGAUGAAUUACCCUUCAGAAGGUAAGUCUACACAGUAUGACGUAAGGGUAUCCCUUGAAUUCUUUUUUUACAAGAACAUUUGUGCAGACAAUGUAUCCUUUAUUUAACUUUUCUCAGCUCCAUGACUGCACAUUUUGAAAAGACUUCCUGGUGGCACAUUUUACCCUGGGAAAAGAUGAGUAAAAUGACAUUUCUAACGA